AUGGUCGAAGGACAUCUUGAUGGCAAGAGUAUGGCUAAACCCCCACGCCUGUUCUGCGACGAUGCAUGGCUUGUAAAGUUGAAGCGAACUGAUACGGCCUUGCAUCCUGAAAAAAAGGGCAGUUUGAAGGUGGAAGACAAGAAUGGCGAGCUUAAAGAAGUAGCUAUUGAAGAUGUCAGAGACUAUCGAACUGCACUGUGGGAUCUUGAUUCCGAGACAGGCCUCAGGUGGACGAGAGACAACAAAAGACCUUACUACUGGUCGGAUGAUCUGUAUGUGUACAUCUUGAAUGACCUAUACAACGGGAUAGCCUACCGUAUUGCACCUCGCCAGCUCGGACUCUCGCAAAGACUCAGGAUUAGACCGUUUCGAGCACGAGCACGAGCACGCCGUGUCCUAGUGCCUUCGAAACCACCACUAAAACUGAUCAUUUGGGAUCCAGAGCACUCACGACACAUCUAG